CUAGCGCGUCACUGCGCAUUUGCCGCCAGUUGGCAUCCCCAAACGACGAAUAUGGGAGGAAAGAGAAUCCGCAGUCGGAAGAAACACGAGGGUCAUUAUUUUUGAAAGCCAGUUUUUCGUAACAAAAUGUGUUCUCUCCGCAACCGAAAAUAAUUCGGAUUGAUUUAAUUCGUUAAGGCACCAAUAGUUAUGUUCAGAUUGCCAACAAAUAUCAUUGCGGAGCCGUCGACAGAGCUAGAAAAAGAGUGUUUCCGUGUGCGUUAGUGUGCGUGCGUGUGUCGGUCCGCGAACACAGUCGGUGUGCAAAGCAGAGUGAAAAAGAGCCAGGAGAGUGAACGCGGGCAACGAACGGUGUGUGAAGGACGUGUCGCGGGCGGAGCAGAAGGAGCGGUUCGCCGAUGCCCAGCAGCUAGCUGGAACUGCAGCUAGCCACGGCCAACCUCCACAUCCUUAAUCAGCGGCGCCAACACCCCCACCUACCAAGAUUCCACCACAAAUCCCCACCACCACCAGCGGCAGCAGGAGCAUCGCCAUGCCCGUGUCGGUGGCCGUAUGCGAAACGGCAAACGUCGUCAAUGCCGCUCUGCGAGAAUCACUCGGCGUUUCCGUCGGCGUCGGGAGCGGUGGCGGAGCGGCCAGGGCGGCGGCUGCUGCUGACGAGGCCAAAACCGGCGACGACUCUGGCAAUCUUCAGAGCCACAUUGUGGCUAACGCAAAACGCAUUUUGAUGGCCAAAAUCGAGUAUGAGGAGGUGCCAAACUACCACGAAUCGGUGCUGGAGAACCUCAAAUCCAAGUACAUUGUCAUCAAGCCAAGCAAUCCCGGCGCCACCAACAACUGCAACGGCUUCGGCAGCCCCAACAAAACCAACGCUGGCAAAGUUGUGGGCGCUAAUGGACAUGACAGCAGCAACGGCGGGAGUCGCAAGGAGCAUCCCAUUCAUAGCCACAACCAUGGACCACAUGCCCAUCCGAACGCGACUGCGACCACAAAUCCAAAUCCCAACGAGCUGCCUAAACCGAAGCGUGUUCUAUAUCCACGCGAAAACAUUCGCAUCGGAUGGAAGCAAUCGGAGCGCAAGUGGCAGGUCGGUUCUGGCAUGAUCAAUGUGGGUAACACCUGCUACCUCAACUCGACGCUGCAGGCGCUCCUUCACAUCCCGGCGCUGGCCAAUUGGCUGGUAUCGGAGCAGUCCCAUUUGGAUAACUGCACGGUGGCCGAGUCCGGCGGCAGUUGUGUUAUCUGCGCAAUGGCCAAGACGCUGCAGGCAACCCAGGGCAACCAGUCAGCUGUGCGGCCCUACCACAUCUACUCGAAGCUGAAGCAGAUCUGCAAGCACAUGGUCGUCGGUCGGCAGGAGGAUGCGCAUGAGUUCCUUCGCUUCCUGGUCGAGGCCAUGGAACGGGCCUACCUGAUGCGAUUCCGCAAUUACAAAGAGCUGGACCAGCUGGUGAAGGAGACUACGCCGCUGGGGCAGAUCUUUGGCGGAUACCUUCGCAGCGAGGUGCGCUGCCUUAGCUGCAAUCACGUGUCUAUAACGUUCCAGCACUUCCAGGAUCUGCUGCUCGAUAUUCGCAAGGCAGACACGCUAGAGGAGGCCUUUGAGGGCCACUUUUCGCGGGAGCGGCUCGAGGACAUGGGUUACAAAUGCGAGGGAUGCAAGAAGAAGGUAUCGGCCACCAAGCAAUUCACCUUGGAAAGGGCACCCAUCACGCUGUGCAUCCAGCUAAAGCGCUUCUCUAUGAUGGGUAACAAGCUAACCAAGCAAAUCACCUUUAAGCCACGUAUCGAUCUGAGCAAAUUCGCUGCCCGUUCGGCGGCGGCGCAAGCCCAACCGCUUACAUACCGCCUCGUCUCGAUGGUCACCCAUCUGGGGGUGUCCCAGCACUGCGGCCACUACACGGCCAUCGGCUCUACGGAGGCAGGCAGCUACUACAACUUCGACGACAGCUAUGUGCGGCCUAUCGCCAUGCAGAGCGUGUGUAACACAAAUGCCUACAUCAUGUUCUACGAACUGGACCUAUCGCAGGUCUCCAGCCCAGCAGUGGCCGGUCGGGGAAAUGGUCUCCGCCUAGCCAAUGGCCACAGCCCGCUGCCAGUGCCAGCUACAGUAUCUUCCUCGCCAUCGCCCUCGCCCACACGCUUUAUUGGCCCCCAGCUACCGCCUGGCGGGAUUAACGGAUAUAGCAAUGGACAUGCACAGAAAACGGGAAUUCAGUUCAAGCAGCACCAUCAGCAGAACGGUCUCCAGCUGGGAAAUGGCAAGUUUCAAGACCCUGCAAAGUCUCCACUGGCUGGCGCACACACUAAAGGCGAAGUGGCUCCAGCUCCCACUGCAAAUGGUAACAAAAGUUCCUCCUCCACCACCACCAGCAGCAGCAACCAUAGCAACCACAAAUCAUUGAAUCAGCAACACUACCUGCCAAUAUCCUCUGACGACGAUGACAGCGAGGAUGAGAGCAAGGCCAGUCCUUUAACAGCCCAGCUGCCGAGCAUGCCCAAGAUGACAGAGGACAGCCUGGAGAAGCCAAAGACGCCGUUGAAGGUGCAAGUGAAAAGCAGCCUUGUCAAAACGCCCCUUAAGAGCCUAGUGCCCUACGAAUCUGCUUCGGAGGAGGAGGAGGCCCCACUGCCCAAUUCUCGCAAGCGACGAAGUGGCUGCGACUCGAGUGAUUCGGAGCCUGAAUCGGGGCCGCCGGUCAAUGGUCAUAGCAAGACCAACGGCACAGGCAUAGGGCUCACCAACGGUUGCUCGGCGGCAGCGGCGUCAUCGGUUCACGUUAACAGCAGCAAACAAAAGACUGACGCCAUAGACGAGAUCUUCAAGAGCUUGAGCAAGCACAGGUCCGCCGACAGCGAAGACGACGACGAUGGGGAAGAUGAUGAGGCGGCAGUAGCGGUGCCGAGCAGCCAGCUCACCAACGGCUGGCAUCCAGGAAAGAAAUUGCAUUCACAAAACAGAGCACCACCUUCGCCUAAGACACCGCCUUCGCCAGCGGUUAUCAAGUCGAAGACGGGUAUCUGGAAGAUAACCCGCAACGAUGAUGAUGAUGAGGACGAAGAUGACGAUGAGGAGGAGGAAAAGUCGACGGCGCCGGCAGCCCAAAUCCAGUCUCCGACCAAGAGCCAUCGGAAUCCGUUCGCCAACAGCAAACCCUCCGCAGAUUCGCCAACAACUCCCGGCGCUAAGCGUCAGAAGCUGCUCAACGGCAGCGCGGUUAAGACGCAGCAGCCGACGGUGCGGAUAGGGAAUGGCUACCAAAGCGAGAGCACAGCAAAUGGUAGCACAAUUAACGAGCUGCUGAAGCAAUCGCAUCGGGGAUACGGCUCCUCGGUGCUCAGCUGGAACGGCAAGCCCGCGGAGCUUGAGAAGGAGCCUUUUAAGUUGGUUUGUGCGAAACGGAUAGCUGGUCACGGCAGUGUGGAUGGCAGUGAUAUCGUCGCGGAGAAGAGCUCGGCGGCAGUCAACAUCGCCGGUGGUGGAGACUCGGCCACAAUUGCAGAUGCAGUAUCAGCACUACUUGUGGAUGCGCGAGAGCAGCGUCAGCGGGACCAGGACGACGACGAAGAAAACGAAAUGGACCGCGGACGGCAGCGAAAGGUGAAAACUGGAGGAUCAGCUAAGGGAAGCGGAAGCAAUAGCAGCAACAGUACGCCCGGCUACAAUCCAUUCCAGGAGUACGAGGGCCAAAAGCGCUGGCACAAGAACGGCGGAGGCGGUGGUGGCGGUAGCUUCCCCAGAUUUUACAACCAAAACUUUCGCCAAAACUUCCAGCAGCGCAACAAGUUCAAGUACAAUCGCUUUGGGGGACAGGGCAGCGCCAAGUUCCAGCAGCGAGCCCUGCAGCGUCACCUGGCCGCCGGCGGAGGCUACACCCGGCGCCAGCCGACGGCACAACAACAGCAGCAGCAGCAAUCCUAACUGGAUGGGGAUAAUCGACUUGGACUAGCGACUGCGGCGUGUGCAUUUGUUAUUGGAUUUCAAUUUCGCAAGAGUUUUGUAACCGUUUUUUAACUGCUUAUGAACAUAUUAGGAGUAGGAAUAGACUUAGAACAAGUAAGCUAUAAGCUAGAGCGUAACUGUUGCCCCCACACCCACACUACCACAUAAACCCCAUUUCUUCACCAGAACAACCCGCUUAGACCUUAAGCCUAUGAUAAUGUUGUAAGAAGGAUUAGCGCGAGAUCAUGUUUGCGUUAGAGAGAAUUAUGUUUUCGUUGGCAAAGAGGCCACGCACGGAGGGGUUCCCUUACCUCACCCUCAACCCUACCCUCUAAUGUAUCAUUUUAAAAAAAUGUUUCCCCGCUAAAAAUCUGCGCAACAUGAAAAUAAAGCAACCCAUUAUAUUUGUAAGACUCUCAACUAAAACAAAACCCGGAAAACCUUUGUAUAUAGAAUUCAAACCUAGACCUAGAGGACCCAAUGAAAAAUUGAUUGUAGUUUUAGCGGCGCAACGGCCGACCCCCUUUUAUUUAUAGAAUUUUACGGAGCAGCGGCGAGAAACAGCGAUAGCCCAUAUGUUAAUAACCCGCAAAAAUAAAGCAUGCUGGAUGUAUAUGAUA